AAUUUGUAGUGUCUCAUUAAAACAUUUAAGUUAAAAUCAAUAAUAUGUUAAAACCGCAAAAUCUGCUAACACUGACCCGAUUAUGUCAACAUACAGUCAUUUACCAUAAAGCAUAUCAUCAUUUGAAUAAUAUGUUAAAUAGAUGUCAUGUCAUAAAUGCAGUCCCAAAAUCAUGGCCUUUCAGAAAAUGUUCUGAUAUACUCGAAAAUAAACCACCAGUGUGUAGUACAGGAAAAAAAAAAGAAGAGUCGUGUGAUGGUGAAGUAAAGAAAGACAAGAAAUGUGAAGCAACAAAACCACCUCCACUACCAUGUGGAGUAGCUCCACCACCUCCACCACCGCCAGAACCUCCAAAACCUAUACCACCGCUAGUAGCUUUCAGUCAACCUAGUAAGGAAUGUAAGAAGCCUGUACCACCACCACCUCCAUCACCAACAUCAUCGCCACAUUGCGAAAAGAAACCUGACCCACCCAAACCACCACCAUGUGCAGAAAAAAAACCUGAGCCGCCCAAACCACCCUGUGAAACGAAACCACAAUGUCCGCCACAACCUGCAGCAGCAGAGCCCCCUAAGUGUGGAUCUCCACCUCCAGAACAUCCAAGGUCAAUAUGUGACCCUCCUCUUCUUAAAUGCGAAACAGAAGCACCAACAGACGCUGUAACACCACAAAAUACAGAACAAACUAAGCCAUCAAAUGCAAAAGCACCACAAGCGCAGGCCGCACUUGGAGCAAACGGCCAACGUACAAAUGGCUGUUCAAAACCUGAAGAACCUAAAUGUACUUGUGGACCACCUCCAGAAAAAUGCCCUGAGAAUUCUAAAAACAAUGAUAUGCCUACAAUACCUUUGAAGGAAGCUAGACGAUUUAUGUAUGAUUGUUUUGUGGCUGCUGGUGCUUCACCCGAGCAUGCAAGUCUUCAUGCCGACAUGAUGAUUUUUGCGGAUACUAGGGGAGUUUUCGGUCAUGGAAUGGCUCGUUUAGAAACCACUUGCUGUAAUUUGAAGAACAAAAAGAUCUGUGGCAAAAGUAUUCCUGAGAUUUUAAAUGAAAGCCCAUGUAUUGCAUAUAUUGACGGAAAACAUGCAUUAGGAGCAGUGGUAGGGUGUUAUUGCAUGGAUUUAGCUAUCAAGAAAGCUAAAAUUUGUGGCCUUGGAUUUGUCAAUUGCAAAAAUGCAACGCCAUUUGGAUAUGCUACAUUUUACGCUGAUAGAGCUACAAAGAAUGGAUUAAUUGGUAUGGCAAUUUCUAAUCAACCCCCGACUGUCAUUCCUACAAGGGCAAUGGAACCUGCUAUUGGAGCGAAUCAAGUGGCAUUAGCAGCACCAAUUUCUAUCUGCGAUUCAGCCAAUAUCGAUUUUUCAGCAGCUGUCGGUAGUAUGGGCAAGGUGGAAAUGUUCAGUAAAAUGAAAGCUCAAUUACCAUCGGGAUGGGCUCAGGUUGAAGGUAAACCAACAACGGAUCCUGCACUAGUAUUGGAGAAAGGUGGUUUACUGCCUUUAGGAGGUACCAGUGAAGAUUGUGGGGGACAUAAAGGAUUUUGUCUUGGAUUAAUGUUAGAAACAAUUACUGGAAUGCUAUCUGGAAGUGAUUUUGGCCCAAAACUUUCUAAAGACAAAGACCAUCAUUUCUUGUCUCAUACUUAUGUCGCUAUAAAUCCUGAAAUGUUUGCUGGUGGAUUCGCUGAUAGAUUGAAGUGGUUCUCUCAUACCAUAAGAAAUAUGCCACCCUAUAAACCUGGGAAGUGUGUACUUAUGCCUGGGGAUGUAGAAAGAAAAUUUGCGGAUCAAGUUGACAUGGAUGGAGGUAUCAAGUAUUUGAAAGCUCAAAUGGGUCAGUGUCAACGUGUGGCAGAUGAAUUCAAAGUUAAGCACUUGGGAGAAGCAAAGCCCAAUGUUUAGUCAACUGUACAGCAAAUGAAUUCAUCAAACCAAACCGUUGUAGCAGAUGGAUUCAUCAAAGUUUAACAUUUGGUACAAGCAACGUCCAAUAUGUUUAAACAGUACAAUUUCUAUUUUAUUGGUUUUAACUUAAAUGUUUAUAAUGUGUCAAUUCAUAAACGCAAAUUUUACACUGAAAAUGUAUUAUCUGUGUUCAUC